AUGCCCGCUGGAGGUCCAGCUUAUCUUCGAGCUGAUGAUCAAGAAAAUUUUGAUUGUAAAGUUAUUCGAGUUUUGGGAUUAACACCUCAUGGUAUGAAACAUUUGCGUUUCCAUAGUUCGCGGAACGCUAAAAAUGGUGAAGAAGGAACAUUUGUUGAAUUUGUAGCUGAAAAUCUGCAUCUUGGAAGAAUUAUUGCCAAAACUGGUUACGUGAAUGGAUCGCCAGGAAAAGAUUUCACUAUACAUGGCUCACGGGUGAUCACUGAAAAUUUAAAUAAUAAAAGUCGUUUUGUUUUACAUGAUGGAACUUGUCGAUUCGAAAAUGUUGAACAAUUUAUGAUCAAGAAUCAACAGCAUCCAAUUUUCAGUGCAAAACAUCCCGUUUUUCGGGUUGAUCGCAGAAUCAAGAAAAUUUCUACAACGCAAAUAAUUACGAAUAAAAUACGAUCACCAAUUAAUGAAAAUCUUCAUGUUGAUAUCGAAAAUUUAAGUAUUCGCGGAAAUGAAGGAGUUCGGAUGGAAGCAAAAGCUUUAACUGCCUCAGUAGAUGCGUUCCGUAUUUGUAUUUGUAUCGCUGCACGACCUAAGCUCUUUGUUGUUGCUGGUAAUAAGCCUUGUGUUGCACCUCAAAAUUUCUGUACCUAA